GGGGUUUUAACGGGAAACGUCACCGCGCCGCAGUUUUGCGCUGUAUUUCUCCAAAUUUUUGGAUGCUCACCAUCCAUUUGGUCUUCAACCGGAACGCACUUCUUUUUUCCCCUUGUAGAAGGACGAUGCACCGAGUCCGUACUUCAAGAUGGCUCAAUAAUGCCCUCAAUAUCUCGGAGAAAUCUACAAAACUAGAACUGCCCGUCUUUCUCUGCCCUUCUGUUCGACUGACGAGUCCUUAUCUCCCAAGAUCAAGUGCGCAAGUCUUGUCACCACUGCAACGUGCGCCGUCGACAACAUCAAGGCGUUGCUUGCAUAUACAGGCUGACCCGUCCACAACAAGUUCUCCUAUAUCCAACCAUCCAGCCGCUCUAUCCAUCCCGACCAGGUCACUCCCGAAACAAUGCAGAGGAUGUGGCGCCUUGUCACAAGCCUCUCACCCCAACCAGCCGGGCUACUUUGACUUGAGUCGCAAUGCCGUCAAGAAAUAUAUUGGCACUGAUGGAUCUUCUCAUCGCUCGCAGCUCGAAGACAGAGUUUUCGAAGAUGCGCUGAGGCAGCUAGACGCAAAGGAACUAGAAAAGCAGGGUGUUGAUAUACGAUCGCUAGCUCUCAGCCUCCCUCCUACCGACGCAACGCCGCAGGCUCCGCCAAAGAAGCCAUUAUGUGAUAGGUGUCACUACCUCCUACAUAACCACACCGGAGAGUCUAUCUACCAUCCAAACAUUGACUCCAUUCGCGACACACUGCUUGAGUCGCCGUAUAAAUACAACCACGUCUACCAUGUCCUCGAUGCUGCGGAUUUCCCAAUGUCCUUGUUGCCCAAGAUAUCGCAAUUUCUUGAUACUAUGCCAUUGCGCUCAAAGAAUCGGCGGUCAAGAGCUGGGCGGUUCUAUCAUGGCCAAAAGACGGAAAUGAGCUUCAUUGUUACUCGAAUAGAUCUACUAGCACCUACUAAGCCCCAGGUAGACACCCUCUUCGCAUAUUUACGAGAGGUGCUACGAGAUGCUCUAGGACGUGCUGGAGACAAUGUCCGGUUAGGUAACCUGAGAGCGGUUAGCGCAAAGAGGAGUUGGUGGACAAAAGAGUUGAAAGAAGACAUUUGGAAAAGAGGCGGAGGAAGCUGGAUGUUGGGUAAGGCCAACGUAGGAAAAAGUCAACUCUUCGAGGCUGUAUUUCCCAAGGGAAGGAUGGACUGGGACCCUUCGAAACACCAAAUCACGGUCGAUAUGGAAGCGAAAGCUGAAGAGGAGGACAGUGAAGCCGACACACUGUCACAAAACGAUGAACUAGCUCAAGAUGACCUUUUGGAUGAAUACUCCCUGUUGCCCCCGGCGCCUAAGGAAAUUCAAUACCCCGAGAUGCCUCUAGUUUCGGACCUCCCGGGUACUACAGCGUCGCCUAUACGAGUCCCCUUUGGUAAUGGUCGGGGCGAAUUAAUCGAUUUGCCUGGCCUGGAGAGAACUGGCCUAGAGCAGCAUGUUAGAAAAGAGCACCGCCUAUCAUUACUGAUGCAAUCUCGCAUUGUCCCGGAACAGAUGACACUGAAGCCGGGUCAAUCAUUGCUCCUCGGAGGAUUCAUUCGUAUAACUCCUCGCGAACCUGCCCCCAUCAUGUUGACAUACGCUUUUACACCUAUCACACCCCAUGUGUGCAGAACAGAUAAAGCCAUCAGUAUACAAAACCAGGCAGGUGAGUUCAACGUUGAGAACAUUGCUCUGCUUGAAACUGGAGACAAUACCAAGCUUGCUGGCUCUUAUGAGCUCAAGUGGGAUGUGACCAAGCAGCGAACGGGACCUUUAACAAGGAAGAGUGCUGUUGGCCUAGAUGUGGAACGUCUACCCUACCGUGUACUGUCAACCGACAUUCUGAUUGAGGGGGUCGGAUGGGUGGAGAUAGUUGCUCAAGUUCGCACAAAGGACUUAUUUGCGCCCAAAGCCCGGUCAGAUUCCGAACAACCAAUUGUGAAUACCGAGCCUAGCGAUGAGUUGUCAGGUAUGGAGCGGCUUGAAUCUAUAGCAGAGGACGCAGAAAAGCAGAAGCUGUCACGGCCCCCUCCCACGGACCAGGAGAAGGAGGGCGAGCCGAGCUGGCCCAUCGUGGAUGUCUACAGCCCAGAAGGGAAGUUCAUUUCCUGCCGUAAACCAAUGAACGGUUGGAUGUUGAACAAGCCGCGAGUCAUGGCUGCAUCACGCAGGUCUAGACCUAAGAAGAGCAUGAAAGGUGCAAAGAAACUCGAGAAGAAACUCCGGCGCGAGCGAGAAGCUUAAACUGAUGUCGAUGGAGUACCUGAUUCUGAUACAAAACCUACUCACCCACCAAGUAGAAUCUGUACAUGAUCAUGUAUGUAUAAACACUAUAAAAAGUAAAAAAAAAAAAAAAGAACCCUGCAUAAAUCAGGUGGUAGUGUUACCUGUGUAUGCUACUAGUACCUAGGAAGCCCGACUUAUGAAUGUCAAAAGGUUAAAGGUUGCAAUUUACUUUCUGAUUGCCUACGCCACCACGUGGACGCGGGAGCGAACCCAGUGCCUGGAUACCUGGGCUGGAGUCGGCAAUAUCCGACUGGGAUAUGGGCUGAUAAGGUUCGAUAAAGCGAGGGCACUGCGAGGGGCAAGGGAAUAAUUUACGGGCAUAAUAAGCAGGAUGGAUUGCUGGAGCUUAUUGCAGGAGAGCUAUAAUAAGGUGGACACGGA